CCAGCCUCAGUGAGUUCUGCAACACUCCCCUGCACAGGACCUCGUCUCUGCUCACUCACGGGAGCCCAGGAACCCUUCUGGAUGCUGCUGUCCCUGCUGCUGUCCCUGGUGUGGGCGGGUGACUGGACCCUUGGAGCCACAGAGUGCAAAAAAACCAAUCAUCUGGAGCUGAAAAUGCCUCCGUCCGUGACGGUGCAGGAGGGUCUGUGCGUCCUCGUGCCCUGCACGUUCACGCCUCCUUCUUCAGCAUCUCCUACUCAGCCUGUUUACGGCUACUGGUUCCAUGCAGGGCCCCAAACAGAUGAUGACUCUCCAGUGGCCACAAACAACCCUUCUGCGGGGCGGAAGGAGACCCAGGGCCGCUUCCGCCUCCUUGCAGACCUGAGGAAUAACUGCUCCCUGGACAUCAGAGAUGCACAGAGGGGAGACAACGGCUCCUACUUCUUUCGGGCACAGAAAAAAAAUGCAAACUAUGAUUACUGUAAGAACCAGCUCUCUGUACAUGUGACGGCCCUCACCCACACCCCCCACAUCAAUAUCCCAUCUACCCUGGAGCCCGGUCAUCCCAUCAACCUGACCUGCUCUGUGCCGUGGGCCUGUGAGCGGGGAACACCCCCGAUCUUCUCCUGGAUGUCAGCCGCCCUCACCUCCCUGGGCCCCAGGACCACACUCUCCUCCGUGCUGACCCUCACAGCGCGGCCCCAGGACCAUGGCACCAACCUCACCUGUCAGGUGACCUUUCCUGGAGCAGGUGUGACUGUGGAAAUGGCAGUCCAGCUCAAUGUCACCACUGGGAAUCCGGGGACAACAGCAACAUCAGGAGUGGUUCUUGGAGCCAUCGGGGGCGCUGGUGUCACAGCCCUGCUCGCCGCCAUCUGCCUCUGCCUCGUCUUCAUAGCGAAGACUCACAGGAAGAAAGUAACCAAGACCGCAGUGAGCAUGAACCACAUCCACCCUGCAGCUGGAUCUGCCUCCCAAGGUCAACAGCAAGGUGCCAAAGUGCACAGCCCUGUUGAAGACCCUAGCUUGGGGACAGAGCAAGAUGUGCAGUAUGCCUCCCUCAUCUUUCAUGGGACGAGGCCUCGGAAGGACCCCACACCCCAGUACUCAGAGAUCUGAACUCACUGAGGAACCAUCAGGAAUGUCCCCUUCAUCUGGAACACCUCUAUCCUCUGUAGCUUUUCCAUGGCUGAUUCUGAGGCCUCCCAUCCCAAUAGGCAUCGCAUGACACUGUGAGUGGAUCUCCCAUUCUGUUGUCAUUGUCUGACUUUGCAGUAUGAGACCUAGGACCAAGCCUGGACCCGUUUAUGUAAGAUGCCAGGUAAACCCCUUCGUUUCCAUGUCUGCUUCCUCCCUGGGCCCUGGAUGUCAACAGUUUUACUCCAGGGAUCUUGUAAAUAUAAAUUCUCACAUGAAGACACCUCAAGGAACCAGGUGCAGGUUGAGUGUGGUGGUGUACGGCACUGUCCUCUUGAGCAAAACACUAGACGUCUUCAUAAGACCAGCUGUGUCUGCUUGCAAAAGAUCAUCACUUGGUGAUUGUU